AUCUAAACUCAGGAAAUUGAUCAUUAAGCUUUCAAUUUCCUUUAGCCAAUACUAAUUCUUUCAUUUCAUUUCCUUUCAUAUUACACAUACGUACGUACCCCAUCAUAGUUCUCUCAAGCACAUCUUACAUUCUAAUUAUUUCAAUUGAAAACAUUUUCAACCCUUUUGAAUUUUCUCAUUUGGCAAAAUGGAAAUCACUAAUGGUCACUCUAAUGGGCAAACCUCAAUUUGUGUCCAAGACCCUUUGAAUUGGGGCAUGGCAGCAGAGUCCUUGAAGGGUAGUCACUUGGAUGAAGUCAAGGCCAUGGUGGCCAAGUAUCGGACGCCGGAGAUCUGUCUUGGUGGCAAGACCUUAACCAUAGGACAGGUGGCGGCCAUAGCGACCCAUGACGUGGAAGUCAAGGUGGAGCUCUCAGCGGCGUCUAGGGCUGGUGUCGUGGCAAGCAGUGAAUGGGUGAUGGAAAGCAUGAAAAAUGGAGUUGACACUUAUGGUAUCACAACUGGUUUUGGUGCAACUUCACAUAGGAGAACCAAAGAGGGUGGAGCUCUACAAACGGAGCUCAUAAGAUUCUUGAAUGCUGGAAUCUUCGGAAACGGGUCGGAAUCUGGCCAUACUCUGCCUCGAUCGGCGACAAAGGCCUCGAUGCUGGUGAGGAUCAAUACCCUCCUCCAAGGAUACUCAGGCAUCCGGUUUGAGAUCUUAGAAGCCAUGACUCAGUUGCUAAACCAUAACAUCACCCCAUGCUUGCCCCUCCGGGGCACCAUCACCGCAUCGGGUGACCUAGUCCCUCUAUCUUACAUUGCUGGGCUUUUGACAGGCAGGCCCAAUUCCAAGGCCGUUGGGCCCAACGGGGAGUUUCUCGAUGCAGUGGAGGCUUUCCGUCAGGCAGGUAUCAAUACCGGGUUUUUUGAGUUGCAGCCCAAAGAAGGCCUAGCACUAGUGAAUGGCACUGCAGUUGGGUCAGGCCUAGCAUCCAUGGUUCUUUUCGAAGCCAACAUCCUUGCCAUCCUCUCUGAAGUUUUGUCAGCCCUGUUCGCCGAAGUCAUGCAAGGAAAGCCCGAAUUCACGGACUAUUUGACCCAUAAGUUGAAGCAUCACCCGGGCCAAAUUGAGGCUGCAGCUAUUAUGGAACACAUUUUAGUUGGAAGCGCCUACGUCAAAGAAGCUCAAAAGCUACAUGAAAUUGAUCCUCUCCAAAAGCCCAAACAAGACCGCUAUGCCCUCCGGACAUCGCCUCAAUGGCUAGGCCCACAAAUUGAAGUCAUUAGAGCGUCAACAAAAAUGAUCGAAAGAGAGAUAAACUCGGUCAACGACAACCCUAUGAUUGAUGUAUCUAGGAAUAAGGCCUUACAUGGUGGAAAUUUCCAAGGUACCCCAAUUGGAGUCUCAAUGGACAACACUAGGCUAGCCAUUGCUGCAAUUGGAAAACUCAUGUUUGCACAAAUUUCCGAGCUUGUCAAUGACUACUACAACAAUGGGUUGCCUUCGAAUCUAUCUGGAGGACGUAAUCCUAGCUUGGAUUACGGGUUCAAAGGCGCUGAAAUCGCAAUGGCAGCCUAUUGUUCUGAACUCCAAUUUUUGGCUAGUCCGGUGACCAACCAUGUCCAAAGCACCGAGCAACACAACCAAGAUGUGAACUCUUUGGGCUUAAUCUCUUCAAGAAAAACAGCUGAAGCUAUUGACAUACUAAAGCUCAUGUCUUCCACUUACUUGGUGGCCCUGUGCCAAGCCAUAGACUUGAGGCACUUGGAAGAAAACUUAAAGAACAUAGUCAAGAACACAGUGAGUCACGUGGCUAGAAAAGUUCUGACAAUGGGCUUCAAUGGAGAGCGUCACCCUUCUAGAUUCUGUGAAAAGGACUUGCUCACAGUGGUGGAUAGUGAACACGUCUUCACAUACAUCGAUGAUCCGUGCAGCAGUACUUACCCAUUGAUGCAGAAGCUAAGGCAAGUCCUAGUCGAGCACGCUUUGAAGAAUGGCGACAUGGAACAGGACUCGAACACUUCAAUUUUCCAAAAGAUCAGCGCCUUUGAGGACGAGCUAAAGGCCCUUUUGCCCAAAGAAGUAGAAAAUGCAAGACGUGGCGUUGAGACAGGAAGGCCAGAGAUCAAAAACAGAAUCAAGGAAUGUAGGUCAUACCCAUUAUACAAGUUUGUGAGAGAAGAGUUGGGUAGUGUUUUUUUAACCGGUGAAGAGGUCCAAUCGCCUGGUGAGGAGUUUGAUAAGGUGUUUUCGGCUAUUUGUGCUGGGAAAUUGAUUGAUCCUCUGCUGAAUUGUUUGAAGGAAUGGAACGGUGCUCCUCUUCCAAUCUGCUAAUUAAGGUGUAUUACAGUGUACUCUAUGCGAACAUUACAUUAUUUAUUGUUUCUUAGUAAGUUGUUAUAAUAACUUUUUGUUCACUAUGUUUGUACCUGAAAGACAUGAUCUGAAGCUGUUUUAUGAUGUUUGUAAUUUUUCCUUUGUAAUUUUUCUUUCUUGUAAGUUGAAUUUCAUAAUACCAACAAAUUAGUUAAAUGCUCACC